CCGCAGUCUCUGGUCAUCUCCUGUACUAUGUCCGCAGUCUCUGGUCAUCUCCUGUACUGUGUCCGCAGUCUCUGGUCAUCUCCUGUACUGUGUCUGCAGUCUCUGGUCAUCUCCUGUACUAUGUCCGCAGUCUCUGGUCAUCUCCUGUACUGUGUCUGCAGUCUCUGGUCAUCUCCUGUACUGUGUCCUCAUUUGUUCAUAGUUUUUUUUUUUUUUAAAACUAUAGUCCGGUCCUCCAACGGUCUGAGGGACAUAAUAUAAAAAAAAAAAAAAAAAUUUUUUUUUUUUUUUAAUUAUAAUUUUUGGUUAUAAACUAA